AUGCGAGGAGAACGGACCCGCUGCGCCAAGUGUCGCUACUACUGCCGAGCGGGCACUACUUUUCUUUUCUCGCACAUCGGGCUGUGCGGGUUGGUAGUGGGCUACACGAUCAUGGGGGCCUUCACUUUCGAAGCUCUCGAAGCCUAUAACGAACGCGCUAAACGAGAAGAAAUGCGUACCGAGCGGACAGCUGUGGUGGAAGCCUUGUGGGACAUCACGGUCGAAAGUAGCGUCCUGCAUGAGAUCAACUGGACAGAGCGGGCAGCAGCCACCCUCAGAAACUUCGAGGUGACCCUUGUCCGAGCCGUCAGGAAAGAAGGUUACGAUGGCAAAGAUGACCCUCCUCUUCAGUGGUCAUUCUCUGGUGCCUUGUUGUAUUCAAUCAUUGUAAUCACAACUAUCGGUAAGUUUGUCUUAGACUUAGGGUUAACUGAUGGGGUUCGUGAUUCUGUUGCUUACGGUACACCUAGUACCACAUAA